AUGACACAGCUUGCAAAGAAAAUCGCUGCGGAGACCGAGAAGCUGGAGACUUACAUGAGGGCGAAUGACUUGCCACUGCCAAGCCUCGAUCCUAAUGGCCCCCUCGAUUUUCCGAAGCUCCCCGACGACAUUCAACAGAGUCGCAUGGAGAUCAUGUUCGCAACGAGAGAGCUUGAAGCCCUUGUUCACGGACCGAGAGAAGACGUGAGAUGGAAAGCGUGGAGCUACCAUGACAGCCUCAGUCUUCAGCUCGUCAACCACUUCGGCCUUGCAAAACUGGUCCCCAUUGACGGCACCAUCACCUUGUCGGAACUCCAGACCAAAACCUCACUGGACCCCGUCAACCUCGCCCGCGUCCUCCGCCAUGUCAUGACGAACCGCAUGUUCCGCGAGCCGUCCCCCGGCGUGAUCGCUCACACCGCAGCGUCCCGCGUGCUGGCGGAGGACCGGUCCCUGCAGGACUGGGUCGGAUACAACCUGGAGGACAACUUCCCCGCCUCCGCCCACGUCCUCCAGGCCCUGAAGGCGUACCCCGAAGCCACCUCGCUCACCCGCACCGGCUUCAACUUCGCCUUCGACACCGUAGACAAGGAGCCCAUGUUCGUCACGUUCGGAAAGGACCCCGCCCGCGCGAAGCGCUUCGGCGGCGCUAUGGUCAGUCUCACCGGCGGCGAGGGCUACGAGGUCAGGCACCUGGUCGACUCAUACGACUUCGGCGACGUCGAUGCCAGGGGCGGCACGCUGGUCGACGUCGGCGGCAGCCAGGGGUUCGUGUGCGUAGACCUCGCGAAGAAGUGGAAGAACAUGAAGUUCGUGGUGCAGGACCUCCAAAACACGAUCGACUCCGCGCCGAAACCGGUCUCCGACGACCCCCAGAUCGCCGAGCGCAUCGAGCUCAUGGCGCACGACUUCUUCACGGAGCAGACCGUCAAGAACGCCGAUGUCUACUUCUUCCGAUGGAUCAUGCACAACUACUCUACGCCCUACGCCGUCUCGAUCCUCAAGAACCUGGUCCCGGCCAUGAAGCCCGGCGCGAGGGUCGUCAUCAAGGACCACUGCCUACGACGGGCCGGGGACGAGAACCCGUGGGACGAACGGGUCAUCCGCGGCAUGGACAUGGUCAUGCUGGCCGUGCUGAACGCGCAGGAGCGCAACGAGGAGGAGUACCGCGCCCUCUUCAAGGCGGCGGACGAGCGGUUCGUCCUAACGAGCGUGUUGAGGCCCAAGGGGUGUAGGAUGAGUAUCAUCGAGGCGGUGUGGGACCCCGAGGCGGCGAGGUAG